UGAAGCAUUUCAGGCUGCCUUCAGAGGUUCACAGAGGUGGAGAAGGAGCUGGAAGGCAGCAUUCAAACAGCUAAAUAAAAAGAUGCCCUGGGGCCGAAGGCCGACUUGGUUGGAAUUUCUGGGGGUCACACACACCGACUCCGCCUGCUCUGCGCACUAGCAACUUAAGUCACUGUCUGUUGACCUUAGAACCACCGAGACCAUGCUGCUGUCGCUCACCUUCCUGCCUGUAGUUCUAAAGAUUAGUGUUGUCAGCGUCACAGCCCAGCAGCCCGGGAACUGUCAGCCAGGUCCUGAGAGAAGCCGGACUUCCACAUGUGCAGAUCCUGCACCCUUCCUAAUUUUCUCACAUGGAAACAAUAUCUCUCGGAUUGACCCAGAAGGAACAAAUCACCAGCAAUUGGUGGUAGAUGCUGGUAGCUCAGUGAUCAUGGAUUUUCAAUACAAGGAGGAGAGACUCUAUUGGGUGGAUUUAGAAAGACAACUUUUGCAAAGAGUUUUUCUUAAUGGGUCAAGACAAGAGACAGUGUGCCACGUUGAGAAGAAUGUGUCUGGGAUGGCCAUAAACUGGGUAGAUGAAGAGAUUCUCUGGGCAAAUCAGCAGGAAGGACUCAUCACCGUGACAGAUAUGAAAGGCAACAGUUCCCACGUUCUUCUAAGUUCCUUAAAACGGCCGGCAAAUAUAGCAGUGGAUCCAAUAGAGAGGUUGAUAUUUUGGUCUUCUGAGGUGACCGGCAGCAUUCACAGAGCGGAUCUCAGCGGGGUAGAGGUGAAAAUGCUGCUGGAGACUGAGGACAGGAUAGCGGUACUGACUCUGGAUGUGCUUGCCAAGCGCCUCUUUUGGGUUCAGGACAGCGGAGAAGGAAGACAUGCUCACAUCCGUUCCUGUGAUUAUGACGGUGGCUCCGUCCAUCUUCUCAGACAUCAAACUCAGCACGGGCUGUUUACAAUGGCCCUUUUUGGUGACCGUAUCUUCUAUUCAACAUUGAAAAAGAAGGCGAUUUGGAUAGCUAACAAACACACUGGGAAGGACAUGGUUAGAAUUAGCCUCAAUCCGUCCUCCAUGCCACCCGGAGAACUGAAAGCCUUCCACCCACUUGUACAGCCUGGGACAAAGGACAGUGCUCGGGGCUCUGACGCGGAACUUUGCAAACAGAGAAGGGGGCAGUGCCGCUACGAUCCUUGCGAACGAGACCCCAAGACCCACUCGUGUGCAUGCGCUGAGGGCUAUACUUUAAGCCGAGACCGGAAGUACUGCGAAGAUGUCAAUGAAUGUGCCUUUCAGAAUCAUGGCUGUACUCUUGGGUGUGAAAACACCCCAGGGUCCUAUUACUGCACGUGCCCUGAAGGCUUUGUUCUGCUUCCUGAUGGGAAACGAUGCCACGAACUUAUUUCCUGUCCAAGCAACACAUCUACAUGCAGCCAUGGCUGUGUUCUGACAUCAGAUGGUCCCCAGUGUGUCUGUCCCAAAGGUUCAGUGCUUGAGACAGAUGGGAAAACAUGCAGUGGUUGUUCAUCACCUGAUAAUGGUGGAUGCAGCCAGAUCUGUCUUCCUCUCAGUCCAGUGUCCUGGGAAUGUGGUUGCUUUCCAGGGUAUGACCUACAGUCGGACCAAAAGAGCUGUGCAGCAACAGGACCACAGCCAUUUUUACUGUUUGCAAAUUCUCAAGAUAUCCGAUACAUGCAUUUAGAUGGAACAGACUACCGAACUCUUCUCAGUCGGCAAAUGGGAACCGUUCUUGCCCUAGAUUAUGAUCCGGUGGAAAACAAGAUAUAUUUUGCACAGAAAGCCCUGAAGUGGAUAGAGAGAGCUAACAUGGAUGGCUCCCAGCGAGAAAGACUUAUCAAGGAAGGGGUUGACACACUAGAAGGCCUUGCUGUGGACUGGAUCAGCCGGAGAAUCUACUGGACAGACAGUGGGAAGUCUCUAAUUGGAAGCAGUGAUUUGAGUGGGGAGCAUCAUCAAAUAAUCAUCAAGGAGAAUAUCUCAAAGCCACGAGGAAUAGCUGUUCAUCCAAAGGCCAAGAGACUAUUCUGGACAGACACAGGGAUGUACCCACGGAUUGAAAGCUCUUCUCUUCAGGGUUCUGGCCGGCUGCUGAUAGCCAGCUCUGAUCUGUGGGAGCCCAGUGGAAUCACGAUUGACUACUUAACAGACACUUUGUAUUGGUGUGACACCAAGAAGUCUGUGAUUGAAAUGGCCAAUCUGGAUGGUUCCAAACGCCGAAGACUUGCCCAGAACGAUGUAGGUCACCCAUUUUCUGUAGCCGUCUUUGAGGAUCACGUGUGGUUCUCGGAUUGGGCUAUCCCAUCGGUAAUAAGGGUGAACAAGAGGACUGGCCAAAAUAGGGUACGUCUCCAAGGCAGCAUGCUGAAGCCCUCGUCACUGGUUGUGGUCCAUCCACUGGCAAAACCAGGUGCAGAUCCCUGCUUACACAAGAAUGGUGGCUGUGAACAUAUCUGCCAAGACAGCCUUGGAACUGCUCAGUGUUUGUGUCGUACAGGUUUUGUGAAAGCCCGGGAUGGGAAAAAGUGCCUUGCUCAGAAGGGUAAGCUUUGUCUCACAGGUAACAGCACCGAGCUAAAUAAAGAGGCAAUAUCGUUGGGCAACUUCACUAAGGCCGAAGCACCAGAAGAUAACAGUCUAGAAUCCCAGCACACGUUAGUGGCUGAAAUCAUGGUGUCAGAUCAAGACGAUUGUGGCCCUGGGUCAUGUGGCAGGCAUGCUCACUGUGUUUCAGAGGGAGAGACUGCUGUGUGUCAGUGUUUGGAAGGAUUUGCUGGGCACGGAAACCUGUGUUCUGAUAUAGAUGAAUGUGCGCUGGGUAGUGCGAGCUGUCCUGCCACAUCGUCCAAGUGUAUCAACACUGAAGGUGGCUAUGUCUGCAGGUGCUCGGAAGGCUAUGACGGAGAUGGAAUCAAGUGUCUGGAUAUUGAUGAGUGCCAGCAGGGAGCGCACAGCUGUGGCAAGAAUGCCAACUGUACCAACACGGAGGGAGGCUAUGACUGCACUUGCAUGGGCCUUCCAUUUGCACCUGGAAUGCCUUGUCCUGGCUCUACCUCACCCCCUAUCCUGGGGGAAGAUGGCCGCCAGUUGGUCAGAAAUAGUAACCCAGGAUGUCCGCCGUCGCACGAUGGAUACUGUCUCCAUGGUGGCGUGUGCAUGUACGUUGAACCAGUGGACAGCUACGUGUGCAACUGUAUCGUCGGCUAUGUUGGGGAGCGAUGUCAGCACCGAGACUUGCGAUGGUGGGAGCUGCGCCACGCUGGCCACGGGCAGGAGCGCGACAUCACUGUGGUGGCUGUCUGUGUGAUUGCGCUAGUCCUGCUGCUCCUCUUGGGGACCUGGGGUGUUUACCACUACAGGACUCAGAAGCAGUUAUUGGAAACCCCAAAGAAUCCAUAUGAAGAGUCAAGCAGAAACAGGAGCAGUGAUGGGCCCGGCUGCAGCAGAGCUGGGAUGUCUUCUUGCCCCCAACCUUGGUUUGUGGUUCUAGAGGAACACCAAGACCCCAAGGACGGGAGUCUGCCUGUAGCUGGCCCAAAUGACCCUGCAGAGGAUGCUAGCCUGUCUUCCAGCUUGCAGCCUGGGUCAGUGCAUCUGAAUUCAUGGAGUCAAAGGCCCCACAUAUAUGGAAUGGGCACAGGGCAAAGCUGCUGGAUCCCACCACCAAGUGACAAAGGUCCUCAGGAGAUGGAGGGAAACGCCCGGUUACCCUCCUACAAGGAAUGGCCUCUGACUCUGGGGGUGGAGAAGCUUCAUUCUCUCCAGUUAGCUAAUGGAUCAUGUCAACAGAGGGCUCCAGAUCUACCACACCAAACAAAGCCAACUCAGUGAAAACCAGAAGUAGACAGGAGGUGAAG